AUGGCUCGAGGAAAAGAUUCUGCAUCGGAAACAGAACCGAAACUGGCGUCUUCUCGAACGUCACAGAAGCAAAAGAAUCUUCAAGCUCAACAAGAGUUCCUCGCAAAGUACAUUCAUUCCAAUGGACCCAAGAACACACCACCAACGCACCCCUUAGAUUUCGAAGCGUUACCCACACUGGCGCUUGAAAAGUAUAAUGUCAAAUAUGGCCUACGUCUACCACAGCCGCUCUCGUUGACUGCGGAUAUGCUCAACAGCGAGUUAGGGAAGAAGACUUAUUCUUAUAAGAAGAAUAACCGAGGAAAGAUCUCCAAGCCUGAGUUGGCCAAUGAAGUGAAGAAACACUUUUUGGCGUUACCCGCUAAGGAGAAUGAAAUCAUCACCAACUUUCUUUAUACGGUUAAGAAUCAAGAGAAAGAUUUUAAGCUUUCAUUUAAAUAA